AUGCGAAGGGGAGCUGUUGUUCGCCAAUAUGUGAUUCUCAUGAGAGGCUCUAUUGGCUUCGUGCUCUGUGCUGACCCGAUCGCAUUGUGUACAGUUACCCUCAGCAGGGCUAUCCUCCUCAGGGUUACCCCCCUCAAGGCUACCCUCCCCAGCAGGGUUAUCCUCCUCAAGGAUAUCCUCCCCAGGGCUAUCCUCCUCAACAGCAACCCGUCUACGUUGAGCAACAGCCGCAGCGCAGCAGUGGUGGUGGUGGUGGCCAGGGAUGUCUCGGCGCUUGCAUGGCAACUUUGUGCUGCUGCUUCGUCUGCGAAGAGGGAUGUGAAACAUGCGUUGACUGCGUCGAGUGCUGCGAGAUGUGCUAGACCUGACGACAAACGACCCUCAUAA